AUGCUCAGAAAUGGAGGAUAUGAAGCAAAGUUGUGGGUGAGCUCUAUGGACAGCACUCAGCUCAUGUGUAUUGGGAAGAUGAAAUUGACUGAUCCUGCUAUGACCGUUCUCAUUGAGGCCUUGAUCAUCAGCGGAGGUGGGAUUUUUGAGCAAACAGAUGGACCUGUUUCACUCGUCAGUGCGGAGGAGCUUGCCUUUAAAUUUGCUGUCAAUAACAUCAACAGAAACAGGACUUUGUUGCCAAACACAACAUUAACAUAUGACAUACAGAGGAUUAAUAUCUACGACAGCUUUGAGGCGUCAAGAAAAGCUUGUGACCAACUGUCUUUAGGUGUGGUUGCAAUAUUUGGGCCCUCACAUAGCUCAUCGUCAAAUGCCGUGCAGUCCAUCUGCAAUGCACUGGAGGUGCCGCACGUCCAGGUGCGAUGGAAACACCACCCGAUGGACAGCCGGGACACCUUUUACGCAAACCUGUACCCGGAUUACUCAUCGCUAAGCUACGCCAUCCUGGACUUGGUGCAGUUUCUCAAAUGGAAAACAGCCACUGUUGUAUAUGACGACAGCACAGGUCUUAUAAGACUACAGGAGUUGAUAAUGGCUCCAUCCCGGUACAACAUCCGACUAAAGAUCCGGCAGCUUCCUGUUGACACACAGGACACGAGACCUCUUCUCAAAGAAAUGAAGAGAAGUCGGGAGUUCCGCAUCAUUUUCGACUGCAGUCACCACAUGGCAGCGCAGAUUCUCAAACAGGCGCAGACCAUGGGAAUGAUGACAGAGUAUUACCACUAUAUCUUCACCACUCUGGACCUGAUGGCCAUCGACCUGGAGCCAUAUCGCUUCUGUGGGGUCAAUAUGACUGGCUUCCGCAUCCUCAACGUGGAUAAUCCCCAGGUUGCAUCCAUUGUGGAUAAAUGGUCGAUGGAAAGGCAGCUACCACCUAAACCGGAUUCAGGCCUGCUGGAGGGCAUCAUGACGACAGAUGCAGCUCUGACCUAUGACGCAGUCCACAUUGUGUCCGUCUCGUACCAGCACGCUCCACAGAUGACGGUGAACUCGCUGCAAUGCCACCGUCACAAACCCUGGAGAUUUGGAGGGCGCUUCAUGAGUUUCAUUAAAGAGUCCCACUGGGAUGGUUUGACGGGCAGACUGUCAUUCAACAAGACAACUGGUCUUCGUACAGAUUUCGACCUGGACAUCAUCAGUCUAAAGGAGGACGGCCUUGAAAAGGUGGGGAAGUGGAGCGCGUCAGGAGGUCUCAACAUCACAGAAGUGCCAAAGCGAAAAGGGGUGAACAUCACUGAUUCCCUGGCUAACCGCUCCCUCAUCAUCACCACCAUCCUGGAGGAGCCAUACGUCAUGCUUAAGAAGUCUGACAAGGCGCUGGUUGGCAAUGACCGUUUCGAAGGAUUUUGCAUCGACUUGCUUAAGGAGCUCUCAAACAUCCUGGGCUUCACGUUUGAGAUUCGCCUGGUGCCGGAUGGAAAAUAUGGCUCCCAGGAUGACAAGGGCCAGUGGAACGGCAUGAUCAGGGAACUUAUUGAACAUAGAGCAGACUUGGCUGUGGCUCCUUUCACCAUCACCUACAUGCGUGAAAAGUUUGUGGACUUCACCAAGCCCUUCCUGAACACGGGCAUCAGCAUCCUGUAUCGCAAGCCCAACACCACCAACAGCGGCUUCUUCUCCUUCCUGAACCCCAUGACUCCAGACAUCUGGGUCUACAUCCUCCUGGCGUACCUCGGGGUUAGCUGUGUCCUUUUUGUUAUUGCCAGGUUCAGUCCAUAUGAAUGGUAUGAUGCCCAUCCUUGUAAUCCGGGGUCAGACGUGGUGGAGAACAACUUCACCCUCCUCAACAGCUUCUGGUUCGGCGUUGGUUCCUUAAUGCAACAAGGCUCAGAGCUGAUGCCAAAAGCACUGUCGACCAGGAUCAUUGGUGGCAUAUGGUGGUUCUUCACGCUGAUCAUUAUAUCGUCCUACACAGCUAAUUUAGCAGCAUUUCUCACCGUGGCAAGAAUGGACUCGGCCGUGGACUCAGCUGAUGACAUCGCCAAGCAGACUAAGAUCGAAUAUGGCGUCGUCAAAGACGGCGCCACCAUGGCCUUCUUCAAGAAAUCUAAGGUUUCCACUUUUGAGAAGAUGUGGGCCUUCAUGAGCAGCAGACCAAGCACAUCGCUGGUGAAGUCUAUCGAGGAUGGAAUUCAGAGGGUGCUGAAGUCAGACUAUGCCCUCAUUAUGGAGUCCACCACUAUUGAUUACAUCACCAGGAGAAAUUGCAACCUGACACAGGUGGGAGGACUCAUUGACAGCAAAGGCUAUGGCAUCGGCACCCCCCUUGGUUCUCCAUACAGAGACAAAAUCAGCAUUGCAAUCCUUAACAUCUUGGAGGAUGGGCGCCUACACAUGCUCAAGGAGAAGUGGUGGAGUGGGAGCAGCUGCUUGGCUGAGGAGCAACAUGACACGGGCCCCAUGGGGAUCCAGAACCUGGGUGGUAUAUUCAUCGUGCUAGCCUCUGGCUUAGUGCUGUCUGUUUUUGUGGCGAUUGCUGAAUUCGUCUACAAACUACGGAAGACUGCAGAGCGUGAGCAGGUCUUUGUGCAGCGCCAUGGUGGACGAGAUCAGACUGUCGUUCACCUGCGAGAGGCGGGUGAAACACAGGCCCCAGCCCCCAGCCAUGGUGAAGACGGAUGCGGUGAUAAACAUGCACGCCUACAACGACCGACGACUCCCAGGAAAGGACAACAUGAGCUGCAGCACUGGGAUGACUCCUGUGUUCCCAUGACAAUGUACUCCCCCCAGGGCAAGAACCUCAUGAGUAACGUGUCAGGGGCAGUGCCAGAGAGUAGAGACAAUGGCCUAGACGCCAUCACCAGAUACACCAUUAACCACAGUGAUUUUGGGACACUAACCAAACAUGGGCAACUGAAAAUGGCAGCAUCAGCCACACAGGUAUGACCACAUUCGCCACUGUAAUCCAAACCCACGAGAGAUUCGAGAAAUUCGGCGGAGGCCCUGGGAAAAGAGUAACACCCAAAAUAAUUAGUCUUGAGUCUGAUGUUUACGUGUGCAACACAAAAACAAAACAGAAAAUGAGCAAUUUCAAGGAACACUCAAUCACUAAAAAGACCGAAUUUUAUUGGACUGAAGCAAUCUUGAUGAGAAUGGCAAUAAAUUACAUAUAUAUGUAAAAGGACAAGGAAUAUGAGCUUUCAUUGAAGUUCAGUUUUGGCACACAUGAAAAUGAUUAUUUCCUUUGUCCUGUUGAUCUACACACAAACUCCUGGAUGGCAUUUGACAGCAGAAAAUAAUGUUACCUCAAAUUUGUUGUCUAUAGGCUUACAAUUGAUGGGUAUUUUUGAGUUAGAGGCUGCAGGAUAAGAUAAAGGAUCCUUUGAAAGGUUGGUCCACAGGAAUGUUUAUGAAAGUGUGUUGAGUUGAGUCUUGUUGGGUUGGAAAACAAAAGAGUUGAGACAUAACAGUUUGGCAGUAAAUGUAAGUUUGUUAUAGAGGAGAUUCAUGUGAAGUGACACACAAAAUAGUAAAAGACGAUGGUUGAACCAUGGAUUAUUUGAUUUUCUUUAAUUUUUUUGAACAGGAUUGAAUUUUAAUCAUUGCCAAAGAUUCAUCCAUUCAACAGAAAAUGUCAGUCUUAGUUUUUGGAGAACACACCAUGCACCAUGCAAAGUACUGGAGUGUUUUAAAUAGGAUUACUAUCAAAGGACCCUGCAAUACAGGAUCAUUGUGUUUGGCACAGUUGCCAGUGUCAAACCAACCUAAGCUUAAACCACCAACAAAGUAAUGGAAAGCAUUUAAAAGAGUCUAAAGCCUGGUAAUUACUGAGUUGUGUGAUACUUUAAAAUGUGAUUAGCAACAGAAAUGCUAAUCACACUUUCAUGCUGCACACAGAGAUUGUUCUUGUGUGAUGGACACCAUCAUCUUUUGCCAUCGAUGAUUAGGCGUCCCCACAUCCAUGAAGACAUUCAAUCGUCAAACGUCGGACCCCAUUUCCCCAUUUUAUUCUGAUUACCUCAGUCUACUGACUUCUUACGGAAAGUAAAUUCAAUAUCUCUUUUGCCAAAGCAUACACCGAAAAUGGUGUGAGACUAAGUUUGGCUGAGCAACAAUUAUCUAAAGUGUCAGGCAACACAGUAUGACUCAGGCUUACUGGUUACCCUUUCUGAUCUUUUGGCCCUGAGCUCAAAAAGUGUAAUUAUUGAACUGUCAAACAAUUUGUUCUAAAAGUUCUGUUUUCAACAUUGGGCUGAUGAAACAAGAACAAUGACAUGGUGGAGAAUAUCAGGUAUGUGUGCUAAUAUCUGCAAUUAAUAAUGGAUUUUAAAUUACUGAGAUAAAAUGACUGGGAUCAGAUAACUAAAGGCCAUUUUUUGGGGGGUUAAUUUAAUCAAAACAAAUCUAUCAAAACACGUGUUGUUGUCCAUGGGUAAAAGACCACUCAUUGUCCCCUAUUAGUUCUGAAUGAAGUUUUUGAACAGUUACUUUUUCAGUCUUUUUUCCAGCCGUGAUUCCAGAGGCAUUUUGGCAGGAUAAUAAUAUUUUUUUUUUUCAGUGAGUGUAAUAAAAAACUAUCCAAGGCUCUAAAUGAGAAGUGAUUUUGAGGGUUAUCUCAGAAUGUGUUGCAUUACCUGCUGUAACCAGUGUUGUAGUGUGCGGACAUGCUGAAUGACAAUGUGGGGAAUAGAUGGACAACCAGAAGAAAGACAAUGAUUUUGUGUUCAUGUUGACUUUAGUGUCUAUUGAGAAUAUGUAUAUCUUAGGCAAAUGUCAUGCCGUACGAAGAUUCGCGGAGUCUGUGAGCUGCUGUCACCAGGGAGUCAAACAAAUGACAAACCUCUGUGAGGUUUACAUUGUCAAAACGUCGGAAGAAGAAGAAAAAAAUACUAACUUUGAGGUCAAGGAAAAUACAAUCUGUAAAACUUAGCAAUGGUUUGGUAGAGAUUUAUUGUAUAAUUGUUUAUCGAUUCCCUUCUGCAAAGUAGAGUAUGUAGAUAAGAUCAGCAGGAGAAAAUGUAUUUUGCUAAAUUUAUACUGUUAAUUAAUCCUGUUCACAGUCAAAUAUGUUAAAGAUGCUAUUUAUUUCAUUAGAGAUCACUUUGUCCUACUUCCCCUGUAUCACAAAAAAAAAAUCUGUUUAUUUAUUGAAUGGAAAUUCAUUAUAUUAUGGUGCGUUGGAUUACUAUAAUCCAGAUGGGGGAAACACAUAUAUGUUGGUAUACUUUUAUGAAGGGUAGUUUAUUUCUACAAGGUGAACAUAAAACAGAAAUUAACAGAAAUGUUGUAAGAAUUUAUGGGAAAACCCCUUAGAAUAGGCUUUUAUUUCAUGUAACUGCCCCUUUACUCCUUGAAAAUUCACUUCGGACCUUGGGCCGUAUUCAUGAAGUUUAUACUAAAA